AUGUUACAUGCCGAUAUACAAACUUCACUAUACCAUGCAUUCGGAGACCACAGACAGUGUAAAGAUUAUUUCUGUACAAAAGACAAGACAUUGGAGAAUGCAAAGGCCGUAGAAAGCUCAACAUUUUGGUUCCGAUUAAAAGUUAUCAUAGGAAAUGUAGCAUCUAAAUCACAAAGCCUAGUAGAAGACGUAGACACCAACGCGACUGAACGUUUUAAUAGCGUGAUUGCUAAAAUGGUUGGAGGGAAAUGCACCAAUUUUUGUCUAAGACGUGGUUAUCAAGGACGAUGUGCUGCAGCUGUUGUAUCAUUUAAUAACAAGUUGCCGAGACACACGAUUCAGAAGAAGUUGUUAGGCAAAAGCCCAAAAAGUAUUUUAAAGAAGAUGGAAAUGAAAAGAAACAGAAAAAGACUAUGGAAUUGUAAAAAACCAUUUAAGAAAAAUAGAACAAAUGUAAGAACAAAGAAAGAAAAAAAAAUGACUAUGGAUCAAAUAGCGCUGCCCCAGAUAUGGUACCCGAUGAGUUAG